UUACAAUUGAAAUAAAAUAGGAACUGUAUCUCUCCGCCGAUCCACAAAACUCCCCCUUCCCUCUCAGAACGCUCUGCAAUUACUCCUCGCCGCCGUGACUGUCACUUUCUCGUUCCUUGACCUUCUCUUCCCUUCUCCUCCUCCUCCUCCUCCUUCAACUUCGUUGCUUUGCACUUCGAAGACUACAGCUUACUGUUUCCAUUCCGCUGUUUGGUUGCCGAGAAGAAGGUAUAAAUGGCACGCUCCAAGGCUCCGGCAAAGAAGCAGCAAAAGCGCGGCAUCGACUUCAAAAAAAUAAAGCGAAAGAUUGGCAGAAAGUUGCCGCCACCAAAGAACGCUACGAAUACUGAAAUUAAGUCCAAAGCAAUUGUUCUUCCCGAGCAGAGUGUGGCAUCGGAGAAGGCAGGAUUAGCAGUGAACAAGAAAGGUUUAACAUUGAAAGAACUUCUUCAGCAAACAUCUCAUUACAACCCGAAAGUUCGUAAAGAUGCAUUAUUGGGUAUGAAGGAUUUACUGAGUUGAGGUUGCAUAAGUAUGCUGUUGUUGAAAAGCUGCGUGAACGCAUUGGCGAUGACGAUAGGCUGGUUUGAGAUACGCUAUAUCAACUUUUUAAGUCAGUAAUUUUACCUGGCUGUAAGGAGGAUAAUCAAGAGCUGUUGAUUUCCUUGAUGAUGGCCUAUAUAUUUAAUGCAAUGAAACAUUUAGCAAUCAAUGUUCGGUUGAUGGCUUUCAAAUUUUUGGAGCUUGCUAUCCAAUACCAUCCACCUUCUUCUUGAAUGCUGAAAAGAUUCUUCAAAGCUUUGAGGAUAUUCUGCGGUGGAACCAGUUUUUUUUAGAGGACAAGGGCAAGCUCAAGACUGCUCUUGCCGGCCUGGAACUAUGCUUGUUGCUUUUGCCAUGUAACAAGAGAGAAGCUGGCUCAUGUGGAAAGAAUGGUGCUGGACAAGGGAUACUGCAUGCUUUUGAGCCUGAUGUACCUGCAAAAUCUGCUGGAUGUUCAAUCAUCAUCCCAAAACUAAAGGAUCUUGUCCCAUUUCUAGUAAAUUGUUUCCAAGAUUUUAUUCCGGAAGUUCAGACUGGCUCUCUUCUUAAUACACAAUCAUUUGAUUGUAUGCUGUCCAUACUUAACAGCAUAAACCUUGCAGUCAAAUUCUUCUUUUAUAUGACUAAUGAGGGUAAACUAGAAUCACAACCUACUCAAGGGGGGCAUGGUGUGACUAUGUGUGAUACUAUCUUUGUGACACUAGUAAAGAAGUUUUUACAAGUUUUGCUUCCCCUGAACAUGAGAAAUCAACAUUCAGAAAAGGAUGAUGUUAAAUAUUUUGUCUUGAACACUGAUGACAGAAAUAUUUUUGCACUUAAGCAAAUGGAUCUGCUCUCCUGUUUUAUUUGAGAAAGUUUUAGAAUUUCUGGAAGAUUCUCUGCUUGGAAAGGUAUGCAAUGACACGCUUUCUGAUAAGGCAUUGCGCAUCAAAUUUUGGCGCCGUUGCCGGGGAUUAGCAACUUUGCUAAUCCCUUGUUAAUUCUUUUAUUUCUUUUUUUUAUGUAUUUUCAUUUUAACUUUGACGACGAUUUUGAGCGGACCUUGAGGAAGCAAAAGCAUCAACAAAACCCUAACCCACCAUCUUCUAGCUCUACAUCCGAGUUUGACGAAGGAGGUGAGGAAGGAGAAGCCACGACACAGGUUGUGGAGGAAGUGCAAACCAUGGUCGUGGACAAUCGAACCAUCAAAGAGCUCUCUGCCUCAGGUAUGGGCAAUGCCGUUCCUUUAUGCAUACAAUACCCUACGGCAGCUGAAGGUAAGACGGAAGAAUUUGAACUUAAGUCUAGUUUAUUACAUCAUAUUCCUAAAUUCCAUGGGUUGUCAAUGGAAGAUCCUAACAAACAUCUUAAGGAAUUUGAAGUAGUUUGCUCAAGUAUGACACCCAUCAACGUGGAUGGGAGUAUUUUGAAGAUGAAGGCCUUUCCAUUCUCACUUAUGGACAAGGCCAAAGAUUGGUUGUUUGAAUUGUCCCCUGGAACUGUCAAUUCUUGGGAAAGUAUGAAACGUGCAUUCUUAGAGAAAUUUUUUCCCAUUGCAAAGAUCAUUCUCUUGAGGAAACGAAUUAGUGGCAUCCAACAAAAUCAAGGUGAGUCGUUUCCAUCUUAUUAUGAACGUUUUAAAUCACUUGUUGUUUCAUGUCCACAGCAUCAAAUGAAUGAGGAGCUGCUCAUUCAAUAUUUCUACGAGGGACUCCUUCCCAUGGAACGUCAAAUGCUAGAUGCUUCGGCGGGUGGUGCAUUAGUGGACAAGACUCUAGUGGAUGCCAAAGCUCUAAUUGCAAACCGAGCACACAAUGCUCAACAAUAUGAAGGUGUUGGACAAAGAGAGGGGCCACGGCAACAAAGUGUAAAUGAGGUUCUAAGGGCUAAAGGAGCAAAGAAGUGCAUUUUGGAGCCUUUUGGAGCACUUUUGGGCUAAGGAUGGAUAGCUUAUGCUUGGAACCAAAGUGUUGGACGAAAUUGAAGGCCUUGUAUGCACUUUAGGACACAAAAAAAAAGGCCUAGCCCACUCUAACACCAUUGCCGUAGCCUUCCCCCUCCAUCACCACCAAUUCCAGCCAUCUUCCACACCUUUCCCACUUCAUCAUUCAGCCACAUGCUCUCCCAUUCAUUCACUCUUUAAUCAUUAAGCCACAUGCACUCUUCAUCAUUCAGUCACCAUCCCUUUU